CGUUUGUGGCGUAUGCGAUGCGGUGAUCGCGUUUUCACUUUAAUAUAACAUUUGAAACGGUACUUGCCGGUUUGAUUAGAUCGCAUUGGGCGCGAGUGCUAGUCGGUGGGGGAAGUGGAUUUUUAAUUAAAAAAUAUUUACGACACGAACACACCGUCGCUAAAGUCAAAUAAAAGUGAUAUUUAGUGAAUGAUUUGCGAGAGGAAUUCUCGAAAAUAAAGUGAAAAUUCUGAAAUGGAAAUUUUCAAAAAUUAAUAAGGAAGUGUUGAAGUUUUAAAAAUAUAAAAUAGAGGCAAGCAAUGCAAAGCAGCGAGCAAUAAUUUGCCGAAACUAAAUGUGUAUUUUGAAAUUGUGAUAAAACAUCAAAAAUUUUAAAUCUCAGAAAUAUUUAAUUGAAGUAAAAAUUUUUGUUGAAAUAAAAUUUUUUUGUUGAAAUAAGAAUAUUUAGUUGAAAUACAAAUAUUUGGUUGAAAUAAAAAUAUUUUUGUGCGUAAAUUUGUUUAGUGUGUGAAAACAGCUCAAAACCACGACAAAGUCUUUAAUUCUCAAUAUUUGUGAUAAGGAUGUCACUUUCGAAAACGACGAAAUUUCUUUUACUAAAUUGGAAUAUAAUAAAUACAGUCUUAUAAGCGAGAGUAUGGACUUGCAUGCGGUUGCUAUAGCGUUGUUGGCUCUAAUCACAAUCAACACCGAGAUGAUGAUGCCAUUCGGUUAUGUCGGCGUCGUGCAGGACGAACGCAAGUGUCAGUAUUUAAGGCCGUCGCGCAUGCUCAAAAUCCGUUGCUUCGAAAUGAAUCUGAGGGAGGUGCCGCAGUACCUGAAAUCGUCGGUUGAGAUUCUGGAUCUCGCAUUCAAUCGCAUUAAAAAGCUCAAACGCAACUCAUUUGAACGUUACACAAGCAUUAAAAUAUUAGUGCUCUAUGAGAAUAAGAUACAAUCGGUGGAGCCGGGCACAUUUGCGCCAUUAACAUCGUUGGAGGAAAUUGAUCUAUCAAAUAAUGCGCUCGUCUCAAUACCCUUGGAAAUCUUCCAAUUACCCUCACUGCGAAAUCUUUAUGUUGACAGCAACGAGCUCUUCAAUCUCGACCGCGAUCUGCAGGGUCUUGAAACACCAAUACAAGCACCGCUGGAAUAUUUAAAUGUAGCCGAUUGCGGCUUAGAGAACCUACCCGAUUUGGGUGUACUGCCAAAAUUAUGGCAAAUUAAUGCCUCAUCCAAUCCGCUGACUGAUCUCACCGUGGACACACUAGCCAAUAUGUGCAAUUUGCGUACAAUGGACCUGACAAAAACAGAAAUCAGCGAUUGCGCUCUACAACAAGUGAAUCGUUACUUGCGAUAUAUUGGCGCCAGUUCUAAAUAUGUUCCGAUAUCUUUGGACGACCUCGACAACACCAAAUGUCCGGAUCCAUAUAACCAAACUGUCAAUUCAACGACGUAUCAUAGCUGUAAAGCAGAGGCUGAACUUGCCAAAGUGCUUAGCUGGCGUUGGUGGGCGAUCGCAGCGGCAGCGGCAUUAGCUGUGCUUGUCUUUACAUGGUACUGCUGUCGUCGCAAUUCGAAAAAGAAGAAGAAGAAGUCGAAGGUCAAAACCAAAGUAAAUGCGCUGCCGCCCAAACAGCAACCGUUAGUGUCGCCCACGCUCGCGCUCAAGAGUCACAACGAUCGCACAAUGCUGCAGGACUGUGAUUGUGCGUAAUUGCUUAAUUACAACAACAACAAAGCGCAUAAUUUAGAUGUACAAAUGCUAAAAAUAGCUGCAAUUAAAUAGCAAUUUAUUUACAACUACAGCAACAACUAUAACAAUUACUGAAAAUGUAACUACUUAAUGGCUGCAUCGCUUUGGGCGGGUAGUGUAUAGUUUUUUCCGUUUUUUUUUUUACUUUCGAAUAAAUUUAGUUGUUAGUUAAAUUCGCCAUACAGCAAAUUGGUGCCAAAAAGUACUAGAUACGAACUUAGAUAUCGAAUUGCAACGAACUGAAGGCGAAAUCGUUACGCCAAAACUACAAGUGCCUACACUAGUAAACAAUAGUAAUAAUUUUCCCGUUAUUUUUACAAACAUCGUACAUUUAGAGCCCCGUGUAAACAUAAAAGUAUUAAAAGUUGUAGCCUUAGCUUCGCUUAGUGUAAAAUGUCUUUCUUAAUGCAAUAAUAUGAAAACAAGUUUCGUUUAGUGAAUUUGACAAUAUUUGUACAUAAAUUAAUAUGUAAUUAAAUGUUAGUUUAGCAAAUUACACAUACAUAUGUAAAUAUAUAAAUGCAUAUUUAAAAAAAAAAAAAAAAAAAAUAAAAAUAAAAAACUAUCGCUUUCUACAACUGGAAGCAAAAUAUGCCAAUCGAAAAGGUGCCUUCAAUUGCUUUACUGCAUUUACUUAGCAUAUACUUACACAAUAAAACAUAUGUAAAUAUUAAUUAGUUUUACGAAAAUUCUUUACUUUUUGAAAAAGUAAUAAGUUAAAUUUAAUUAUUUUCUGAAUAAUAUUUAAGUCUGUGCAAAAUAUAUUUAUUUACUGAAUGGCUAAUUUAUAAGUUAUAUAUAUAGACAUAUGAUCUAAGUACCUAAUGUAAUAUAGUAUGUAUAGAUGAUAUUAAAUUUAUCUCACUGUUUUUGUAAUAAAUGUGAAAUGCCUUCAAGAAA